AUGCAGCAGCUCAGGGUCAGGCACAGCAGCAACGGUGACGGGGGCCGCUCGGCGCAGCGCCGCUCUGUAAAGGAGGCCGUGGAGGUGGGCGAGGGCAGAGAAGAGGGCGGCGGCCUCUUUGUCUGGCUGCUCGCCUUUCGCGCACUCGUCAGCCUCGCCACUUCUCGCGCCGCCUUUGCGCCCGACGAGCACUGGCAGAGCCUCGAGGUGGCCCACCGCAUCGCCUUUGGCUAUGGCUAUCAGACGUGGGAGUGGCGCGACAAACGCACCGCAGCCUCGGCCUGGUCCGAUGGCCCAAUCAGGACGGUGCUGUACCCAGCCCUGUUUGUGCCCGUCUACGUCGUGCUCAAGUGGACCGCGCUCGACGAUGCCACCCUGCUCCUCUCGCUCGCUCCUGGCCUCGUCCAGGCUGUCUUUGCGGCCAUUGGCGAUCUGUACACGUUCAAGCUGGCGCGCAAGGUGCUGCCGCAUGACGACGAGGCGGCCUGGACCACGCUCCUGGCCAAUCUCCUCUCCCUCUACACCCUGCACACAGCCACGCGCACCCUCUCCAACUCCCUCGAGGCCACGCUGACUGUCGUCGCACUCUACUACUUUCCCCUGCGUGACACUGGGUCUACUGCGUCCUCGCUGCGCAUCUCCCUCGUCCUCUUUGCGCUCGCUGCAGCACUCCGGCCGUCCAACGUUGCCCUCUCGCUGCCCCUCGUUGUUGUCCUCCUCGCCCGCCUCGUCCGCUCCGGCUCGCACAGUCGUGUGGUCGAGCUCGGCGCCUCGUCCUUGGCCGCCGCCCUCCUCGUCUCAAUCGUCCUCCUGAUUGCCGACUCGGCCUUCUAUGGCCGGUCCACCUUCACGCCACUGGCCUUUCUGCGCAGAAACGUGCUCGAGGGCAUCUCGCUCUUCUACGGCGCCUCGCCCUUCCACUUCUACCUCACCUCGGGCCUGCCCCUCGUCUGCUUCACCACCCUUCCCUGGACGCUCCUUGGCUUUUGGCAGGCACUCAACGGAGGCGACAGCAGCAGCGGCAGCCCAACCAAGAACAACGAGAGCCUGGCCACGCUGGCUCGCGUCACUCUCCUCUUCGUCGCAGGCAUGAGCCUGUUGGGCCACAAGGAGCAGCGCUUCCUCCAGCCCGUCGUGCCUCUGCUCCAUCUCUUUGAGGGGCUUGCGCUCUACCAAUCUGACGAGCCUCACCCACGAAGAGAAGAGAAGAAGAAGAAGAAUAGCAACGACCACGAUGCCAAGACUCCACCACCCCAGCGCCUGCUGCGGUCGCUCGCACGCCUGAGACGACGCCAGCCGUGGGCCUACGCCGCCCUGCUCGCCCAUCUCAUCCCCGCCGCAUACCUCUUUGCACACGGCGGCGGCACCACGCGCGUCAUGGAGCACCUCUCUCGCCGCGACGACGUCACUGCUGCUGCUGCGCAUGGACAGCUCGGCGUGCUCAUGCCCUGCCACUCGACACCGUGGCAGUCGCACCUCCACGCGCCCCACCUCAGCGCCUGGUUCAUCACUUGCGAGCCCCCGCUGGCGGGCCAGGACCUCGCAACGUACGAGGACGAGUCAGACGUCUUCUACAAGGACCCCUCUGCCUUUCUCGUGGCUGACGACCAACGCAUACAGGCGACAAGCCACCUCGUUGUCUUUGAGUCCCUGCUCGACGAUGACCGUGUCCACCGCCAACUCUCUGAACAGGGCUUCGUGGUGCACAAGACCUUUUGGAACAGCCUCUGGCACCCCGACAGCCGCCGGCGGGGCAGGGUGCUGCUGCUGCAGCGCAAGGACUGGACUGGCAGCACUUAG